GCCUGACUUCCUUAAAGGUGUAAAUGGAAGAGUACAAGUGGCAAAUUCUUCCUUCUGUAAUGAUUGCAAGGUACCAGCUGAAAUUGAGAAUGGAAAGGUGACAUAUGAUGAUGUUACACUAGGAUCUGUGGUUAGCUAUACCUGUGAUGAAGGAUAUCAAGUGAAAGGGUCCAAUGAACUAAGAUGUGGCGUAUAUGGAGAGUGGGAUGCAGAUGAAUCUGUUUGUGAGAGAGUAAAAUGUCCAUACCCAGGGUCAGUCCCCUACAGUGACAACCAUGGCAGGGAUCUCAGAUAUAAAGGAGUCUUUACUUAUACAUGUAAACGUGGUUAUCGCAUGGAAGGCAAUGGAACACGGGUGUGCCAAGCAGAUGGAACUUGGAGUGGGGAGAAGCCUCAAUGUGUUUUAAUCUUCUGUCCCGAGCCUGAACAAAAGAGUGAAAUGCUAAUUGAACGUUGGAGCCCAAUCUACAAACUUGAUGACAGUAUUAGAUUCUACUGCAAGCCAAAUUUUGCCAUCAAUGGAACUUCUAUUCUUCACUGCCAGGAAAAUGGAACAUGGAGUGGUAUUGUUCCAUCAUGUGAACCAAUAACUUGUAGAAACCCUCCUGCUGUAACACAUGGAAAUCUUGUCAAUGAUAUAGGCGGUUCAUAUGCUGCUGAUAGCUUGGCUAGAUACGAAUGUGAAAAAGGUUACAAAAUGGAAGGUAUUAACACUGUGAAGUGUUUCCAAAAUAGAACAUGGAGUUCUACUGUACCUGUAUGUUCAUUAGUGAUAUGUGAUGAGGUUAAGAACAUAGAACAUGGGAAGAAAAUAGGAGACAGCUAUACAUAUGAUUCGGUGGUAGAGUAUCAAUGUGAACAUGGUUAUGAAAUAAAAGGAUCUUCAGCAAUAAUAUGUUUGAAUAGUGGAGAGUGGAAUGCAUCUAUACCAUCGUGUAAUUUGAAACGGUGUG